AUGGAUCCAAGGCACAGAGAGGAUACUGGCCUAUUACGCCGGGCCCAGGUAUGCCAAUUUAAUCUCGUAACUCUACGUACAUACAUACAUACAUACAUACGCACAUAUGUGUAUAUAUAUAGCUGUGGACGUUCUCGGAUUGGAGCUUUGGGGUCCACACCUGCACGAUCUGUUCUGGAAAUCUUCCGUCCAAGUUAUGCUUAUAACCACGUCUGUACGGCUUACGCGGUUCCUGCGUUGCUCGGUGGAGAACCUCCCAGCCAGUUAGCGUUGCAUGAAAAAUUUGCCAGCAGUCAUUUCCAACGGGCUGAGAUGCGGAUGGACUCAAAUGUUCAUGCGUUUAUGCGUGAACCAGGAAGUUAA